AUGAUUUUAUCACAGCCGGGGUCGGCAGAAAAAACUAUCCGCAAGAUCGACAUUGCCCAGGUUUCUCUCAGCCUGCAAGAUCGAUUGGGUCUUGCCAAACUCAAGUACCAGCACGGUCGACUGCAUGGCCUGAACCCGAACCAGCGUGAUGGCAGGCCCAUCCUUGACAUCGACAAGCCAUCCGAUUCCUCAUCUGAGUUCUCACGCAGCCGCUGCGAGACUCCCUUCACCUCCCCUCCCCUCCAAGCCUCCACCUACUCCAAGGAAUUACCUCGAUCCGCUCGCAACAAACAUGCAGCCACAUUCGACUCUCGAGUCAUGCAGCCAAUGCUCUCUGCCAGUCGAAAGCGCCUUCGGUCUGAUUCGGAUUCUGAACGUCCUGCCAAGGCCCCCCGGACCUCAUGGAAGAGUUCUUAUCGGCUACCAGAAUCCUCUCCUGGCAUGAGUCGACACCCUUCAAACCGACGCACUCAGGCACCCUUUAUGUCUGAGGCUCCAAUCCCAGAACUCUCGUCUCCUGUGUACGGCAGGCCGUCUGAAGAGAUUGAUCCCGAUCUUCCACUUCACAGCUUCCAAAAUAUGAGCUCAAUGGUGGGCUCCUCCCCUCCAAGAACCCCUCCUCCUCAAAACAUGCGCAUUUCCCGAGGCAACCGAUCGCAAACGAAUGAGGACGGUGCGGACUUACUUUUGUACCUGGCCAACUCCCCUACCCCCGCUCGGGUUGCAAGGGGCAAUGGAAACCAAGCCUUCCCACCCUCCACCCCUCCCAGUCAACACGCGGUGCUGCCAGGCAUGACUCCUACUUUCAACGCUGGCAUGUUCGCCAACAUGAGUACUCCAAACCAGCAGUUCAAUUUCGCUGAUUUUGUGAACGUGACACCGAGCCCGGCGCAACCCGCCUGGGGAAGCCGCACCCCCGGUAAUCCGAUUCGCACGCCACUGGUCAACACUGAUGCCAGGAAGCGAUUGAACUUUGAUGCAUUGGCUCCUCCAAGCACUUCCAACAACCGGCUCCGUGGCAAGGAAAUUGGGCUUGCUCUGCAGCUCGGCGGCGAAUUGCAUCCUUGA